GGGCUGUACCCGGCUGUAGCUGUAGUAGCUGAGGCCGGGAUGGCGGUGCGGUGCGUUUCGUGGUUGCUGCUGGUGAGCGGCGUCCUGGCCGCUGUGCUGAGCGCCGCCUCGGCGGACGGGAACGGUGUACCGAGCAAGAAGCUGAAGAUGCAGUACACGGCGGGGCCGCUGCUCAAGUUUCAGAUAUGCAUCUCCUGAGGUUACCGGCGGGUGUUUGAAGAGUACAUGCGGGUCAUCAGCCAGCGGUACCCAGACAUCCGCAUCGAAGGAGAGAAUUAUCUUCCCCACGCCCUUUAUAGACACAUUGCCUCGUUCCUGUCAGUCUUCAAGCUAGUAUUAAUAGGAUUAAUAAUCGUCGGAAAGGAUCCCUUUGCAUUUUUGGGCAUGCAAGCUCCAGGUCUUUGGCUGUGGGGACAAGAAAAUAAGGUCUAUGCCUGCAUGAUGGUUUUCUUCCUGAGCAACAUGAUUGAGAACCAGUGUAUGUCCACCGGGGCCUUCGAGGUCACUUUGAAUGAUGUACCUGUGUGGUCAAAGCUAGAAUCUGGUCAUCUCCCGUCAAUGCAGCAGCUUGUCCAAAUUAUUGAUAAUGAAAUGAAGCUAAAUGUUAACAUGGAUGCGAUUCACAACCACCACCGCUCAUAGCCACGUCUUUCAGCACCAGAUUAGUCUUGCAUGACGUGCACUUUUAUGAAGGACUCAGCGGGGCUGGUGUUUAUGAAGGCCUGCUCUGAAGACAGUUCCUGUUAGUGCAGGCUGGAUGUCUCUGCCACCUCGUUGAACCUUUUAAAGUUCUACAUGCAAGACUUUUUCUGAGCGCUGCUAUCUUGUGGAGUUCUACAGACACCGUGCAAUGAAAAUCUGUGUAGAUUCAACCCGUUUUAUUUUGAAGCCAUUCUUUCAUUGUUCUAUACGUCACAUAAUGCUGGCAUUAAACCUUGUUUUAUAUUCAUCAUUUACAGUGUUGGAAUAGGUUAUCUAAUUUUUUUUCCCCUCCUGAGAUUUUUGUCUUUGAUAUCUAAUUUUUAUAAGAAUCUGUUCUUUUUAUAGUUUAAAGUGAUGCUAUAACAAGCAAGGAUGCCAACAAUCUGCAUCAGUUGGCCUCGUUUAGUUUUGUCAAUGUUCUGUAUAAUAAGAUUAUAUUGCAGAUCACUAAGUUAUUCUAAAUUAUAAGCAAAUUUAUAGGCAUUAAAAAUAUACCUGUGACUGUUUAAGGAAGAGUGAGCUAUUCUGUUGUAUUCGAGUCAAUGUAGAGUUUUUAAACUGAGCCUUUAUAUACUAGUCCUUUACAGAAGAUGCAAAUUAAGUUAAAUAAACCUACCAUUACAGUAAAACAUCA